AACAUUGUUGACAUCGAGGGGACGUUCUUAUUAUAGCUCAAUGCGAGGGGCAUGACUUUUUAAAAAACUGGUGGUGGAUUACUGUUCAUUAUUGUUAGUUUUAUCUUCAGUAAAGGACAAGGUCACGAUGCUCUCUAUUUCCAGAUUUCUUCACAAAAAUCAAGCUGUUUUGGUUUCUAGACAGUUGCAGAGGACUCUGUCUUCUCAGACAGACGGAGAGACCCGAAUCGCACACAUUCUCAAAGAGAAGUUUCCAUCGGCCACGUCUCUAAAAGUUGUGGACAUAUCAGGUGGCUGCGGUGCUAUGUAUGAAGUCCAUAUAGAAUCAAAUGAAUUUAAAGGGAAAAGAACGGUUCAACAACACCAACUAGUCAACCAGGCACUCAAGGAGGAGAUCCAAGGAAUGCAUGGACUACGAAUAUUCACAGAUAUUCCUCGAGAGUAGGACCAAGCCCUUUCACAAAUUGUAGGCCUAUGAAUGUACACCCCUCAAAUGGAAUGUCAUAUGCUGAUUCAAUUUUCAUCUGAGGAUGAACACCCCAAAAUCUCAGAUGAAUUGCUAAUGUGUCUUUGGCAGGAACAAAGGAAAUGGUUUGUCCGGUUACUUCCUGACAAUAUUGAUAGAAAUAAUCUGAAGAAUUCAAGGUAGGGACACGUUUUACAACGUAAAUUGUGUAAGAAAUGUAACUAAAACCAUCAUAUAUUUUUAUUUAUUUACCAUAAACACAGUUAAAUCAUUGAUGAGAUUAUUCGAAUGCUGCCUUUACAGAAGACAUUGACCUAAAAAGCUAUGAUACGCUCUGGAUAAGAGCGUCUGCUAAAUGACUAAAAUGUAAAUGAAAAAUAACGCUGUCAGGAUUCAUUAGUAAAUUGCCAAGUCAAUUAGCCCCCUAUCCAACUGAGUUGGCCUAUAGUGUUUUUUAACCAUUGUAAAGAUAGGAUGCAAGUACAUUGUAGUGAACAGAUGGAAAAUCUCAUGAUAAAACGACUAGCUAUGCAACUAUUCUUGUACAUUUAUUCUGAAAUUGAAAAUCCUGCCUAUAUUUGUGUUUUUGUUUAGUGUCGUAGUUAAUUGUUUAAGUCAUGAGACACAGUCAUGAGACAAGUUUCCAUUCCGUUUCCAGUAUUUAUGUUCUGUUAUUCCUCCUUGUUAACCAUUAAUGUAGAAAUAAAAGUUGCUGACAAAGUUGAUGGACUUAAAUAAAUAGUAUGUUAUUAAAAGGACAAAAACACUUGA